GCUUUUUCGAUUUUGAAUAGUUCAAGGUCAUAAGAGUUACAACUUUAAAUCUCCUUGUUAUAUCACCAAUCUAUCGUUUGUUCAUUUCUAGGUAAAAAAUACUUUGUAAAUUUUGAACGAUUAAAUGAGAUUAUUGUCAACUUUAAUUAUCUACGUAGUUCGUACAUAUCAUACAACUUUUAUAUUAUCGCUCAAUACAUGGUUUCAGGGAGCCUGUCGGCAAAGUAAAAUAUAAGCAUGGCAGGAAGAUUUAUACCCGAACUGCUUUUUAAACGUCAAUUUGGUACUACACCAUUGUUAAACGAAAUACGGAAAAUGGCUAGACUUAGGGUUGUAGAUAACUCAAUCCUCGGUAGACAGGCGGAAUUGGAAGGAAAGCCAGCCAAAUGUAUACAUGUAUAUAAUAAGAAUGGUGUAGGAACAAUCGGCGAUAAAGUUCUUGUCGCAAUUAAGGGGCAAAAGAAGAGAGCCUUUCUAGUUGGAGUUCGACAAAAGCAAAAAGCAAUGGUACCUAGAUUUGACUCUAACAACAUUGUGCUCAUAGAGGAUAGCGGACAGCCGACUGGAACACGUAUAAGAGUACCUAUUCCAUCUUUAUUAAGAGGGAAAAAGGGUGAAUUUAGCAAAAUAUUAGCUUGUGCCACAAAAUUUGUCUGA